UCAUUCCUCAAAUCACAAUGUUCAAACUGUUCCUCUUCGCCUGCUUCUUAGCUGUGGCCGCCGCCAAGCCCGGCAUCGUGCCAGUGGCAUACACCGCGCCAGUAGCGGCGGCGUACACCGCGCCAGUAGCGGCCGCCUACACCGCGCCAGUAGCCUACUCCGCCUAUUCCGCCUACACCGCGCCGCUAGCCUACUCCGCCUACACCUACGCUUCUCCAUACUCAGCGUACUACCUGAGGCGCUGAAGUGUUCACGACGACAGAAUUAUUUGAAUAUGGAUUCGAUUAAAUGACUAUGGUAUUA